CUCCCUCUCAGAAGCUGCACAUGGUUUGUAUUUGAGGUGGAUCUGGAUGAGAAAGGGAGGAGCUCCACAAAAACACACAUUCAGAGCUCGGAGAAGCCUUUCCCAGCAUUCCUGACUGAGAAAUGACAGACCCCCAGUUAUAUCUGAAAUAAUCUAGAGAUCAAAUCUAAAUUGGAUGAUUUGCACCCACUUUGCAUAUAUUUUUUAACUUGCAGAAGCAGCAAGGUGAAGGGAUUUCUUCUCUUUAUUUUGGAAAUUUGAUGCAAGCCAGAAGACAAAUGAGCAUCAUUGAUUUGUUGGGAAGAAGGUCAACAUCAGCCUUAUCUCACUGAUCAGCGAACACCAAGCCCUCGCGGGAACCUGGAGCCAGCAAACAUGAAAGACAACUAUGGGGGAUAUGAGAACCAGCUCUUCAAAGAUGAGGACUUCACUGGAGAGGAGGAAGAAAUGCCAACAUUUAGAGGUCGUACGAGAGGUGGCUGCAUGAGAUGCCAGCAGAGUCAUUCCCUCCAGCUGGCGGUCAAAGUUCUCUACGGAUUUGUUGCUUUUCUCAUCAUUACUGUUGUAGUGUUGGCUUCACUCGUGUUCAAAAAGAUGGACGGUUUGUCCGAAGAUGAAUUGUCACACAACAAGAAGAUCACCAAGGUUCAACAAGAAAUAGAAGAUCUGAGGUUAGUGUCUAACAGUUCAGGCUGCCUGGAUGUGUCGUCCUACAGUGAAGAGAUCAGCCGGCUAAAGAAAGAAUUUGAAGAAAUUCAGAAGAUGAUAUUGGGACAAGAACAAGUCGUUGACCACGCCUUCCAAACACAGGCCACCAUUAAAGCCACUAGCAACCGUUUAACACGGGAAGUCCAAACCCACCUCAUGUCGAUCAAACUUCUCAACCAGUCGCUGGAACGAUUCCUGGAUCAGGUGGAUGGUUGGAAGGAGGUGAUCGAGGAAUCUGAGGAGAAGAUGAAAACGCUGGUGGAGGAUCAGUUUGACAUCAGCGUAACGACGCGACAAGUUAACACAACGGUAGCUCUCAGCGCCACGUGGAUCGAAGCCCUGCAGAGGAAAGCCGAAGAGGAAACUCUGAUCCUCCAUAAGUUGACCAGUGAUUGGCAGAACUACAGCAGAGUUCUGAACUCUGUCAGAUCCAACGCGGGCAUCAUAUCACUAGGCGUGCAUGUCCUUCUGGGCAACAUCAUGAAAAAUCAACAUGAGAUCUCCAUGACUGCUGAGGUGAUCUACGACCUCACGCACCAGGUGUUGAACCUUCAGAUGCAACUAGACAACAUCACAUCUUUUAUGGAUGAAAACGAGGAGAACAUGCAUGAUCUUCAGUAUCAUUCCAGGUACUACGAGAACCGAACAGGUGAGCGUUUCUCCGCCUUGGACAGUCGUCUGAACUCCAUUGAUAUGGAGAUCGAAACCAUCGCCUCCAGCAUCAACGCCACCGUCAGCCACGUCCAGAGCAUGUACAAGUACAUCAAUGUGGAGAGCUCCUCCUGCCAGAACCGCCUGGACAGACACACAGAAGACCUGCAGAACGUGAACAGCACCGUUGUGUUACUUCUGAACGUGGCCGACAAGCUGAGGCAGCAGAACGCACAGCUGAAUGUCCAACUGGAAAUGGACGUGAGGAACAUGUCCAUGGUGAUGGAGGAGAUGAAGCUUGUGGAUGUUCUCCACAGCCAGCUCAUUAAGAACUUCACUAUUGUUAAAGGUGCUCCUGGACCUCCUGGGCCAAAGGGGAGUCGUGGUGACGUGGGUCCAAAAGGACAUUCUGGACUGAUUGGUAUGAAAGGUGACAGAGGCUUUAUAGGAAGCCAGGGACAAGCUGGGGGGAAGGGUUCUCCUGGCCCCAAAGGAGCACUGGGUGAACCAGGUCCUGAUGGCACCAAAGGACCUCCAGGAAUCAAAGGAAGCAAAGGUGCAAAUGGACUCCCAGGGCCCAAAGGGGAAAGGGGUCAGAAAGGUGACAUGGGUGUCCCUGGUAAGCAAGGCCCAGCUGGGCCUGUAGGGCCUCAAGGCCCCCAGGGACCUGUGGGACUAAUAGGCUUCAUGGGACAUCCAGGACCACAGGGAAAACCAGGUCCAAUUGGCCCACCUGGAUCACCAGGUGCUCCCGGACCUCCUGGCUUACCGUAUAUCAGUGAUCAAACCAACAACCCCCUGCAGCGAACUGUGAUGCCUGCCUCCUGGACAAAGAGACGGUAGAGUUUCUAGUCCAAACAGAUGGGAAAAUCCCAAUCCGACACAAACCGAUAGCAUCUUGGUUUGAAACACAACAGAUUUGGAAAAAAGGCAACAAAUCGAUUUCAAGAAAGGAUUUGAAUCAAUUCAAUUCAAUUCAAAAAUACUUUAUUAAUCCCAGAGGGAAAUUAGAGUUUCAGUACACACAAUUCUGAGAUCAGACAUAUGUAGACACAUGACAAGAAUUGUCAUCGAGGCAUUUCUUGGAUGAAAAGACACAAACACAAUAAAUCCAACCAAGAACGCGUGGCCACAUGAAUGAAAUGUGUUUGCUUUUAUGUUCAAAUACUGUAACACCCCUGUCCAACGAGCGGCACUUUAUUGUUUCGUUAAAAAAGAACAUUAAGUGAGUUUUCAGAGCAGGUUCUCUGGGGACUUUUCCUCUACAGAUUCCACGUUUGAUGGCAGAAAAAAACUUUGUUUCCAUCCACAUACAGGAAGUGAAGACAGCUGACUAGACUGAGUUUUAUCCGAGAUCUGCAUCAUUUGAGAUGUAAGGAAUAGAAAGAAAAAAAAAAAACCAGAAAUGCUGUUAAAUUUUCUUCUUAAUACACCGUAACAGAGAAAUUAUCAAGAUAAUUUUGCUGAUCUUGUGUUACAAUCAUUUAUAUUUCAAAGUUUAAGUUUUACAAAUCCGAAAUUGCAGAAACGUGUAAUGAAAUGCGACUGGCUUGCAUCGAACUUCAAUAAAUGCUGUCUUUAAACAAA